GGCAGCGGUGCGCCUGCGCACUGUGCUGGUCUCCAUGGCGGGGCCUCGGAGCCAAGACGAGAAAAAAAUGCUGCUGUGAAGACAUAAUUACAGUUUUCACAUAAAUGAAGCACAGCUAUCAUAAUUCAGUGCACCAAAAAGGAAGAACUUCAAUGGAAAAGAGUGCAUUUCUGGGGAUAAUAGAAUGCUUGAGGCCUGAAUUUAAACUGGAGCUGCUGCCUAAAGCUAUUAAAUAAUAGAAGAAAAUGGAACUGAAUAUGAUAUCAGCAUGGAACAAUCUAUUGAUUCACUAAGAGUCAACCAUAAUGAUUCUGAAGAGUCAAAAACAGAUUCUCAAGUAUUUCAGCACCUAACCUGUAUGGAUUCCAAGGAUGCUUCCUUUGGACAAAAUGGUUCUCCUAAAGUUUUACCCAUCACCACUCAUGAAGCAGAUAAUUCACUCACAUCACGGAAUAUACCAGGGCCCCUGACUCAGACACAGACUCUUUCUGCAGAGCAGUUUCACCUAGUGGACCAAAAUGGGCAACCUAUUCAAUAUGAGCUUCAGUCAUUGGGGGAUUCUAAUGCACAAAUGAUGAUUGUUGCCAGCCCAUCAGAAAAUGGACAGGUGCUGCGUGUAAUUCCAUCUACCCAGACAGGAAUGACCCAAGUGAUUAUACCUCAGGGGCAGCUUGUGGAUGUCAAUAGUCCUCAGGAUGUCUCUGAAGAGAAACCCAGUGAUAGAAACUUACCAGCUGUAAGAGUGGAUGCUCUAGCAGACAAUAACAGUGGUUACGUUCUUCAUCCACAAGCAUCCCUCACAUUGUCCAAAAAGACGGUGACCAGAAUGCUUGAAGAACCCUUUUUGGCUCCACUUCAGCCACUUUCUUCUAACACACCUAUCUGGGCCUGUCGUCUUAGGAGCUGUGAGAAAAUUGGAGAUUCAUACCGUGGCUACUGUGUAAGUGAGACUGAAUUAGAAAGUGUCCUAACAUUUCAUAAGCAGCAAACACAGAGUGUUUGGGGGACUCGCCAAUCUCCGAGCCCAGCCAAGCCGGCUACACGCUUGAUGUGGAAAUCCCAGUAUGUCCCAUAUGAUGGAAUUCCAUUUGUCAAUGCAGGGAGUAGAGCUGUGGUAAUGGAAUGUCAGUAUGGGCCAAGGAGAAAAGGUUUCCAGUUAAAAAAAAUCAGUGAACAGGAAAGCAGAUCUUGUCAGCUCUACAAAGCUACUUGUCCAGCUCGGAUUUACAUUAAAAAGGUACAGAAAUUUCCUGAAUAUAGAGUUCCUACAGAUCCCAAAAUUGACAGGAAAAUAAUCCGAAUGGAGCAGGAGAAAGCCUUUAACAUGCUAAAGAAGAACUUGGUAGAUGCUGGCGGUGUUCUUAGAUGGUAUGUACAGUUACCUACGCAGCAAGCUCAUCAGUAUCAUGAAUUAGAGACUCCCUGCCUCCCUCUGUCACCUUCCCCUUUUCCUAUGUCUUCUCUUGAAGAAGAGGAAAGUGCAGUUAGAGAUGAGAAUUGUGCAUUACCCUCACGUCUGCAUCCUCAAGUAGCACAUAAAAUUCAAGAAUUAGUAUCACAGGGAAUAGAACAAGUGUAUGCAGUAAGGAAACAGCUAAGAAAAUUUGUGGAAAGGGAACUGUUCAAACCUGAUGAGGUACCUGAAAGACAUAAUUUAUCCUUUUUUCCAACUGUAAAUGAUAUAAAAAAUCACAUCCAUGAGGUACAGAAAUCCUUGAGAAAUGGAGAUAAUGUAUAUAACUCAGAGAUUAUUCCAGCAACGCUUCAAUGGACUACAGAUAGUGGGAAUAUUCUCAGAGAGACUGUAACAGUUACAUUUGCAGAAGGAAAUUCACCGGGAGAAUCACUUUCCCCCAAAGUGGAAACAAAUCAAACAAAGGGUUCUUUGUCUCCAGAACCAACCCACUUGCUCUCCUCACUUUCUGCAUUUCAGCCAAAAAUAUUCACACAACUACAGGGUUUGCAGUUGCAACCAAGGUUCACUUCUGUUGGAUCACCAGCUCCGAUAUCAGUAAAUAACCACCCCUCCUCUAGUCCUUCAAGACUUCUGGAUUCAGUAGGAGGCGCUCUAAUGAAUAAUAAUUCUCUACUGCUUGGUCAGAGUCAUAGCCUUCAAACAGAUACAUGCCUAACUGAAAACAAUAGUAUUGCCUCUACUGUGGGUAACCUUCCAGGACCAGAUCAAAAUCUGGUUGCCGUGGAUCAGCUGGUGGAAGUUGGAGAUGAUGAGGAUACAGAGAGUCUGGAAAGAAGUGUUCAUCGGAUUCUGUUGGGAAAUGUGCAGACCAUUCCAGUACAGAUUAUAGACAGCCACCCAGCUCUUAUUGAAGAAAAUCCAGAAGGUACCAUUUCUGUGAACCAAGUUAAGCAAGAACCCAAAGAACCAGGAUUGUCUAUGGAAGCAAAAAAAAAUUUGGACUGUAAGAAAUUAUCUGCUACAUUUAAUUAUUGAAGCUUUUCAGAAUUUACAACAUCGGUGACUUCUGAUGUUAUAGAAAAGAAGGUGAAUAUUGUCAAAGAGCAGUAUUGUGAUAAGUGGACUGAAGACUGAUUCAAUGAGCAGCUUUAAUUUAAAACUGAUAUAUUUGUUGCCAAUUCCCUAUUUUUACAUUGAGAUAUUUUAUUCCUUUUAUUUUGUAUAAUUCUUAUGUUUUUUGAGUAUCUAAUAAGGCCAGUAUUUCAAAAGGUCAUCUGAAAUUAUCCACGGCAAUGUAGUCUGAACUCAAAUAUUUAUCUAACUCAUCCUCUGAAAAUAUCUAAUUUUGGGUCUUAAAAAAAAUAACAAAAACAGUGUGUGAGUGUACGUGUGUGUGAUGACUUUUUUUAAGUUCUGAAAGAACUUACUCCUUCUUUAAAGUUGUAAAGAAAAAUUUUAAAUUGACAGGCAAAUGAGAGAGUAUCUGUAGUCUGUCUCCUUUGGAAAGAAAAACAAUAGAUUUUACAUCAUAACAUGAAGUCUAGCAUUCACAUCUGUGAAAACUAUGUCAUUGCAUUUUAGCUUCUUCCAUUCUGAUUUUUAUACUUCUAACUACAAACCAAUAGCAUACCAAUGGUCAUCUGGUAGAAAUUUAGUGUCUUUGUAAAUACUGAGAAUUUUAACUUGAAUUAAUCAGCUAAACAAGAGAAAUAUAUGUAUAUUGCAUGGUUUUAUACAGUAUUGUAGGUAAAAUACUACUUAUGAGUAAAAAAAUAUAGAAAUUGAGCAGAUUCAGAAAGAAUAGUAGAAUUCCCUGAUGUUUACAGAUAAUUUGGGGGAACUUUUUGAUAUAAGUAGAGGAUUUUUUUUCCUAUUUUAUAUUGAAGAUUUAACUCUGGUUAGAAAAGAAUUUGAGUUAUUUUUAUUUUUCUAUGCCAGAGUUCCUAAUGAAUUGAUGUUAUUAGAAUUGAUAGUAUUUCAAGGUAAGGUUUUAAGUUUAAAAUUUAGCUCAUAUUUAAAACUUUAUAACAACUGAUGUGUUAUAUUUGCUUGUUGAGUCAGUAUAUUUACGUCAAAUACUGAAUAAGUACUAAUCAGUAUAUUCAUUAUGAGCUUCUGUUUUCUGAAAGGUUGGGAAACUAGAAAUGUCAAUUAUAACUGUCAAGAAACCAACCUAAAGGCUCCCCCCUUCCCCUGCCAGAGAUCUUUUGUGGGUUUAUUUACAUUUUUAUUUGAAAAUAAUAAGGAUUUCAAAUGAGUAUUAGUGUUAAAUAUUCAAAGCAUGCAGAAUAUAAUAUGAAAUUCAACCUUAAGUGAAUAUGAAUCUUUUGCAAGUAUAUUUACUUCAAAUACUGAAUAAGUAUUAAUCAGUAUAUUCAUUAUAAGCUACUGUUUUCUGGAAGGUUGGUAAGCUAGAAAUGUCAAUUAUAUCUGUCAAGAUCAACCUAAAGGCUUUUUUUUCUCCCAAAGAUCAUUUGUGAGUAUAUUUAAAUUUUUAUUUAAAAGUAAUAAGGAUUUCAAAUGGAUAUUAAUGUUUAAUAUUUAAAGUGUGCAGCAUAUAAUAUAAAAUUUAACAUUAAUACUUUACAUGAAUAUAAAUCUUUUUGGCUUUUCUAAGUCCAAUCUCCCAUUCUUAAUUCACUUUAAUUGUAUCAGGUACAUGACAUGUAUCUGUGAGUACAUGUUAUGUUAGAAGUGGAUGGAAUUCUAAAAUUCCUUACUCUUUAGACUUAUCCUCUAUUUAACAUAAAAUUCACUAUUUAUACCUCUAUUUAAUGCAAAGUUGAUAUUCAGUUACCUAUAUGAUUUUUUAAUAAGAAUUGCUUUUUCCCCCUAAGAAUUGAUAAUAUUUGAUGUCAGCAUUUAUAGAGGCACACUGCCAAAUCUAUGUUGUGCUUAGUUAAACACAACUCUGAGUUACCUCAAACCCAGAUUUCUCUUAGUCUGUAUAUUCUUAAAGGAAGUAAGUCCAAAUUAAUUUAUGUUUUGUGUUGUAUUGUGGGUAAUAUUUUCAUUUGUUAUUUCUAGUUUUUAUGGAAAAUUUUUUCAAGAUUUUAAGUAACAGAUGUUCAUCUUUCUAUGAUGAUAAUAAUUUGUUAUUAAAUAUUUCACCAAUUGAACUAUAUUCCUUUGGAGACAUUCCUUGCUUUUUGAUGUUGAGUUGCUAAGGAGAAAUGCUUGUUAAGAUGCAAAUGCUAGUCAGUUACCUAUGAGGAUGAGAGAUGUCAGAGGAUCCAGACUUUGGCAGUUGAUCAAGAACAAAACAUAGUUUAAAAAUAUUUCUCAGUUCAUUCUAUGUGAAUGUCUCUUCUGAUACUGUUUUUUUUUUUUUAAUUGAGAAGACAGAAAGUUACAGUGUGUCUUCCCCACAAUCAAAAAAGCAAUAGAGAAAAAAAAAAAGUAUGAAGGAAAGUUUAAAUCCCUAAUUGUAUACUCUUUUGGUUUUUAGGUAGAAACUGGAACUAUCAAUAUUUUCAUGUAAGUAUUUCAAUGAGUAGCUCUUUAAAAAUGGUUUCUAAAUUAGUUUUAAAAGAUUCAUUUGUCCUCAAAUGCCUGUUCAGUCACAAUAUAUCAGUAUUGUAUUUUAAAGAUGCUUAGUAUUGCUUUUUUAAAAGUGUGUUUACACAUUUUUAUUAAAUACAGUGCAUAAAAGUUUCAGUAUUAUAUUUGGCAUUCUCCUAGCAGCUCUACAGCAAAGUUUGACAUAUGCUCUUUGGUGUCACAUAUUACAAGUUGUAAUACCUGUAGUAGAAAGUUGGACAUUCAAAAUAAGCCAUUAGAAUUCAUAAUUACAGUUGAGCUUGUUUCUUCAUUCAAUUUUCAUGUCCCAAGCCUCCAAGUGGACAUUAUAUAUACUACAGUGAAUUAUAGAUAAACACAGCCAUGGUGGGUCUUUCCCUCAAUAUUAGUUUUCUGUGUAAGAAGUUAACAUACAUAAAAAGCUUUUAUGUCUUAUGCAAGGUAAAUGUUUUCUAAAAGUCACAAAAGUGAUAGAAAAUAGACUUGGGGACAUUGUCCUGCAUUAGAGUGUCUAAUUUUGAGGCCUACCAGUUUGUUUUUCAUCAUUAUAUCCUAUCAGAAUACAUACUUAAUCAUGUGAAUAUGAGAAAGAUGCUGUUUAAUUUUGUACCAGGUUUUUAUAAAAAUUUUUAAAUGUGUGUGUAUAUUUAUAUAUAUUGUAACUUAAUGUAUAGUGUCCUUGUUACAAUGUAAUUUUUUCAUUAAAAAAUCCUGUGUUUUUUUCUUAAA